GGGUCCCUUUUCCCGUUACACUCUUUGCGGCUGAACGGGGGACACCAUGUCUGGCAGAGGCAAAGGCGGGAAGGGGCUCGGCAAGGGCGGUGCCAAGCGCCACCGCAAGGUGCUGCGCGACAACAUCCAGGGCAUCACCAAGCCGGCCAUCCGCCGCCUGGCUCGGCGCGGCGGCGUCAAGCGCAUCUCGGGGCUCAUCUACGAGGAGACGCGCGGCGUGCUGAAGGUGUUCCUGGAGAACGUGAUCCGCGACGCCGUCACCUACACCGAGCACGCCAAGAGGAAGACGGUGACGGCC